GCCAAGUUUCUUCUCCGUUUCCAAAGAAAGAGAAACAGAGAGAAAACAGAGAAGAAGAACAAACUAAAAGAACAAGAAGUGGGAGGAAAGCCCGUCCUUGUAGUGAAUUUGAUUGAUAGCCCAGAAGGGGAAAAGAAAUAAAAGAUGGACGAUGGUUAUAAGCAAAGUGCGGCAUCGUCUCGGAUGAUGUUGCCGCUCUUAUUCGUGCUACUGUAUGCUGCUUUUCAAGGAGCAGUAGCAGAAAGCUCCGGUCAGCCGCCGAGUAUGAAAAAGUCAGCCCAAUUUAUGGCUCCUAAUCGACUUGGUUCCUCUGUUGUUUUUCCUCUUAGCGGCAAUGUUUAUCCUCUUGGGUACUAUAGCGUGCCCCUUUCCAUUGGCAAUCCACCAAAGGUUUUUGACUUUGAUAUCGACACAGGCAGUGACUUCACCUGGGUUCAGUGCGAUGUACCUUGCAAAGGCUGCACUGUGCCUACUGAGCGUCAGUACAAGCCCAAUCACAACGCUGUACUGUGUGAAAACCCACUGUGUAAGGAAGCUAGCUGGCCACCAGGUCAGGAUUGCAAGAACCCAAAACACCAGUGCGACUACGAGAUCAAGUAUGCGGAUAAUGAUCAAUCUAUGGGUGCGCUGGUGAUAGACGUGCUACCCAUAAAACUCACCAAUGGCUCUGUCUUCCGUCCCAAGUUGGUCUUUGGAUGUGGAUAUGAUCAAUUAAAUCUGGCUCAAAAUCGCCCUCCUGCUAUCGCUGGAGUCAUCGGCCUUGGCAAAGGGAAAAUAAGCGUCUUGUCACAGCUGCAUGCGCAGGGUUUAACGCUGCAGAACAUAGUAGGGCAUUGUUUGAGUAGAAAAGGUGGAGGGUUUCUAUUCCUUGGAGGUGAGGUAGUCCCUCCUUCUGGAAUGACCUGGACUCCAUUGUUGCCCAAUCCUUCAGAUAAACACUACAAAACUGGACCUGCAGAACUCCUUUUUGGGGGGAAGUCUACUGGUGUAAAGGGUCUGAACAUAAUUUUUGACAGUGGCAGCUCCUACACUUACUUCAACUCUGUAGCUUACACAGCUUCCAUUAAUCUGAUAAAGAGCAGUUUAAAUGGCAAGCCUCUGACAGGUACAAAAGAUGAAACACUAGCAGUCUGCUGGAAAGGCACAAAACCUUUCAAAUCCAUUUCUGAUGUUCAGGGCUAUUUCAAGCCAUUAAUGCUGAGGUUUGCAAGAGGAGCUCAGUUCCAAAUACUGCCUGAAUCGUAUCUCAUUAUCACCAAACAUGGAAAUGUGUGCCUGGGGAUUAUUAGUAGUGUUAAAGAAGGAAUUGGAGAAAUCAAUAUGAUUGGAGACAUCUCUAUGCAAGAUAUGACGGUAGCAUAUGACAUUGAUAGUCAACGGCUCGGGUGGAAAUAUGCAAAUUGUGAUAGACUCCCCAAUGUGGAUGGCGAUUAUAACGAAGGUUUUUGGCAAUCUUAUGCAGCCCACUUCGGUAUUGCAGAAGAUAAUUAUCUUUCCACCGACGCUGAUGAAUAUGAGAUUAACAAUAAGCUAGCCCGGGAAAGAAAGUUUUCAGAGAAAAGUAAAUAAACAGAUGAAGAGAAUAUAGUAUCAUGUAUGGCUAUGAACUUGCUACAAUAGGAAAUGUAAAGGAUUAAACAGGCAACUUAAAACGCUUGUUACAGACAAAUCAUUUUACAACAAUGUCCUAGAUACAAUUUCUUCUGCUGGUUAGGUUACAUGAAUCCUAAAUUUCGAGCAA